UCACUCGGACGGAUGGACGUUGUAGUGCUGACUGUAAACUUCGGCUCGGUUUCUUCUCGGCGUCGUCUGUCAGCCCCAAAACUUUUUCACUGACCUGCCGACACUUUGUCAGAACUUUUCUGGGUUCGGGGAGGUUUCCGCGUUCCGGUUCCGUUCAGAAAGGACCGGCUUACCGACGUUUGGGAGUUUGUGAGCCGUUAACUUUUUUUUUUCCUUCCUCCCAACUCGUAAAGCAGGCUGGGUGGGCAGGAAGCUAACUGUGCUAGCGCUUAUCUGAGCCGUUUGUUCCGGAACUCACGGAGACGCGAGUUUGUGGAUUUUUCUCCUGGGUUGACCGAAUCAUGGACCGCGGCAGCAGAUAACGGACAACCGGCGGGGCGUUGUCGGCGGAAAGCCGCUCUCUGACGGGGUUAAAAGUCGUCCAGCUCUCGGAACCGAGUCCAGUCGCCAGGAUGCCCGUGGACUCCACCGUCAGCUUCAGCUUGCUGCACCGAACCUGCAAGCUGGUGGUUCUGCUCUGCUUCCUGCACAUUUCCGUCACCSUCUUCUUCUACGUCCGCUCCAUGGACACGCGCUUCUCCUUCGCCCAGAAACAACAACAACAGCCGGCGUCCCACCUCAACACGACCCGGCCCACGCAGGACACGAUCAGGGCCGUCACCUCCAGAACCGAGCUGCAGGUAGAACCGCGGAAGACCACGCAGGGACCGCCGAGGAGGCUGGAGAAAUGCCCCGAAACGUCACCUCUGCUGGUGGGUCCUCUGAGGGUGGAGUUCAAUGUCCCUGUGAGCCUGGAGCAGAUCAAGAAGGAGAACCCUAAUGUGCAGCCGGGUGGACGCUUUAAACCCAAAGACUGUGAGGCGCUGCAAAAAGUGGCCCUCAUCAUUCCGUUCCGCCAUCGAGACGAGCACUUGAAGUACUGGCUGUACUACCUGCACCCCAUCCUGCAGAGGCAGCAGCUGGACUACGGCGUCUACGUCAUUAACCAGGAUGGGGAUGAGACCUUUAACCGGGCCAAGCUGCUGAACAUCGGCUACGUGGAGGCGCUGAAGGAGUACGACUACAACUGCUUUGUCUUCAGUGACGUGGACCUCAUCCCCAUGGACGACAGAAACACCUACAGGUGCUUCAGCCAGCCGCGACACCUGUCCGUGUCCAUGGACAAGUUCGGCUUCAGGUUGCCGUACACUCAGUACUUUGGAGGCGUGUCUUCGAUGAGCAAAGAGCAGUACCUGAAGAUCAACGGCUUCCCCAACAACUACUGGGGCUGGGGAGGAGAGGACGACGACAUCUUCAACAGGCUCUCCUCCAAAGGCAUGAGCAUCUCCAGGCCCAGCGGGGAGGUGGGGAAGUGCCGCAUGAUCCGACACAACCGGGACAAGCAGAACGACCCCAACCCYCAGAGGUUCGACCGGAUCGCCCACACCAGAGAGACGAUGUUCAAAGACGGCAUCAACUCCCUGACCUACAAGGUGGUGGCCUCGGAGAAACUGGACCUGUACACCAGGAUCACUGUGGACGUGGGGAAGCCCUGAGGGGCCCCCGGGGGCCACAUGCUGACUCUGACACUUGAAUCUAAAAGUUCUGGUUCUCCUGGCCAGAACCUUCUGGACUUGAUUUUCUCUGCGGGCCCUUGAGGACUCGUCUCUGAUUGGUCGGCUGGAACCAAUCAGAUGCUGCUGCAGCACAUUCUGAGCAGGACUCUUAUUUUGAAAGUUACCCUGUAGGGGGAAAACGUUGGUGGGAUUAUGGGACAGGGUGGGGUUAGAUCUGGUCCUGGUCUGGGUAGGACCACUGCUUCCUGGUUUCUGAUCCGUUUCCGAUCGACCAAUCCUGUGUGAGCAGGCUGAGCCUGCAGCUUUCUGAUUGGCUGAAUCCUGAUUAUCUGGUGUUGGCUCCGCCCACUUAAAGCCAGACCUCACUGUUUGGGUCAGUUUAGAGGAUCACCUGUUCUCAGCGCCAGUCCUAAUGUAUUUGAAUCAGAACCAGGUGUUGACGGUGUGAACACAAACAAACAAACAAACAAACAAACAAACAAACAAACAAACAAAACAAGAAAAACAGUCAGGAAACAAAGUCGCCAACGAGAGCACAGGUACACAAACUGGAUCAGGAACAAAAUCCAGAACAGUGUCAAGGUCCGAAUCAUAAACCAGAUUAGGAACUAAAAUCACAAACUGGGUCAGGAACAGAACCAAAAACCGGAUCAGAAACCAGAUCAAAGCAACAUGUUGGAACCUGUGGAUCCARGUGGAGUUCUGGACCCGGUUUAACCUGAAUCCUGUCAAAGUGUAAUAAUCCGCUCUGAUCAGGGAUCAAUGUUUCUAAUCACAUGUAACCCUGGAGUUGUCUGAUCAAUCAGCUGCUGAUUGAUUCACAGCUGAUCGAUCAGCUGAUGAUUGAGGUUAAUCGAUUAUUGAUUGUUUUGUUUUCUAAGUGUCCUUAUUGCAGCUGUUGGUACCAAAGACUUUAUUGAUCCUGUGAAUCAGCUGACAGCUGGACCAGCCUGUCUUGAUUAUUGACGACAUGUUGAUCAUCGAUCAGUGUGAAUGUUUUCUGAAUGUCGGCAAACUUCUUCUCAUUUGUUUGUUUGUUUACCUUCAGACCAAAACUGUGUGAAACAAUCGCCUGUAAUGUGCCUUAAAGUGAACCGCUGACCGGUCAAACUGGUUACAGGACCUGAUAAACCCAAAGUCUGAACAGA